AUGUCUACUCCUGCUGCAGCUGGCACGCGGCGGUCUUUGCUGCACGAUGUGUUGUCGCAUGCAGAGGUGGUGGAGCUGGGCCUGGACGGUUCUGUUGACGAUGUUCCACCCCUGACCACUCGCCUAACUCCUUCCAGCGCCCGUGCAGUGCUGCUUUUCGCUUGGUGUUAUUUCUUUGCCUUCUGGGGAGCAGCGGCAGUGGUAAUCCGUAGCGUCCUGACCCUGCAUGCAGACAAUCUGCUUCCUGGGUCCGGGGAAUUCAUUUUUGUGGCUGUUUUCACUGUGCUGCUGGUAUCCGCGGAGUUUGGGGUGUAUUAUCACCUCAAAGCGGUGAACCCUGUCCCCAGCAACAGCGGGCCCAUGGGCAGUCAGUUUUCCCCCAGUCCCUUCUGCACGUUGGCGCACUUCACGCUUUCUGCAACCUCCCGUGUCUGCAGCUUUUUGGAGUUGUUAUUCCUGUUGCAUACGCUGGUGCUGCCGGCUCCUCUGCUGUUCUGUGCGGGCUUUACGGUAUCUAUCACUGUGGGGGCGUUGCCGUUCGUGCUGCAGCUACGGUGUCUGUUGAGCUGUGCCUUUGGUGAUUGCUUUGACCCUUUACAGCCGUCAACAUGUCUUCCACUCGCAUCUCUUGAGCGCCGUUUGCUCAGAUGCGGUCGUCUGUGCCUAUCGGGUGUAGCCAAGGGGGCUCGGGGGGCCCUCUGUCACCUCCGCAGAGUCCGAGGGAGGUUAGGGGGCGUCGUGCGGAGGGGGACGACUGUCUCUCCAGUAAGGAGAGUGGAAAUAACGUGUUGUGACUUGGGCACAGACAGCACCAGUGGCAGUAGCAGCAGCAAUUCACACCAGACGUCCAGCAGCUGCCAGGCCAGCUGGCGGGGUACAGCACCUGCUACGCUGUUGCUACAGGCAGAACGACCCUUAGAUGAGCUGGGGGCCCCUCGUGGUGUUUGCAAGGAUCCACUGGUGGCGCCAGGACAGAGCGGGCAGAACAGCGCGGAGUAUUCGUACAGCUCAGCCGAAGGGGACAUGGAUUCCGGAGCAUGCGAUUCGUUCACGGUUUCAUCUUGUGAGGCAACUACAACUGCAGGAUGGAACUCCGGAGAGCAACACCAACAACCGCCAGCUGCGCAUACACCCCGUGCGUUGGAGCCCCUUUCCAGCUCCGGCAGACUCUCUGAGGCUUCCAGCCGUUUCCCUCUCUUGCAGGAAGGCACCGACAGCCAGGGACAAAUCAGCAGGCGCCAGGAGUCUCUCAGGAGGCCCGCUGCCCCUCAGUACAUCCCCCCAAUGGCAGCCUUGGGGCUAGCGAAUUGUCUGUUGUUGCUGGACCUUCCGGGCCUCACGCUGCACUUCAAAGCGAACUUUCUCCCGCUUCAACAGCUGGAGGCUCACGAAUUCCUGACGUCUAUGGUGUCCUUGGUGCGCCUGUACAGCGGAGACUUCUGUAUGCUGCUUUAUACAAUCUUUGGGCUGUGCACAUUCGGAGGCAGCGCAUUGCUCUUUGUGCUGUUGACAUUUCUGCUGCUCAAACUCAAAGCCUCCUGUACCGCCACCCUGCUUGCCCACAUGGCUUCCGUUUUUGGGCUUUGGGACUCGGAGUAA